GAACGGUGCUGUGUUCGCCUUAAGUCCCGGGCCAUCCAUUUUUUUUUUAAACAUUGUGUCUCGCUGCGAUCCCCCCUUCUCCUUUACCCAGUGUGUGUGUGUGUGUAUGUGUGUGUGUGUCUAGUGCGUGUGUAAGCCACACUUGAAGCUUAAAACGCGUCAUGGCUUUCAAACAUUUGUAAUUUAAAAGCGAAUCGUUAAGUUAAUCGUUGAAGAAAUUUGAAUGUAGUUAAAAAUUUAUUGUUUAUGUAAAAAAAAGAAUAAUAAAAAUUCGGCAAAGGUAAACUCAACUCGGAACUGGGCCUCAAAUGUGCGGUUUCCGGACGAGGAAUUGGCCGUCGAAGAAAACCUCCCUGCGCUGGGGCGACUGUUGUGUUUGCCCGUUGGACACGCAAACUACAAUUCAGUUCGCAAUCUACUGCCAAUAGAAGAAUCAAUCCGUGUGUCAGUGAUGAAUUCUCACCUGCCGUCUAAUUGAAACAACGCUCACCUCUUUCCUAUCUACGCUUCAUAUCAAAAUUUCGGUUUUUGGACCAAGCAAUAGACAAGUCCUAUCGAACAUUAAGCGCAAAUUCAAUCGAGUCCCAUCCGGAGCACAGACGAGCGCAAAUCACCUAAAUUAUUCAGUUUUUUUAAACACUAGUGGUGACUAAGCAAGUGGGAAAGAUGAUCAACAUCGGAGGUAUCGUGGCCAUUGUGGUCUUCUACCUGCUGAUUCUCAUCGUCGGCAUCUGGGCGGCCAAGAAGAAAGGAAAUGGAUCGGAAUCUGAAGAAGAAGUCAUGUUGGCCGGCCGCAACAUCGGCCUUUUCGUCGGCAUUUUCACCAUGACCGCCACAUGGGUGGGCGGCGGAUACAUAUCCGGCACUGCGGAGGAGAUCUUCGGCAAGGGAUUGAUCUGGUGUCAGGCGCCUUUUGGCUACGCCCUCAGCCUGGUUUUCGGUGGCUUACUCUUCGCCAAUAAGAUGCGCGAGCAAGGCUACGUCACCAUGCUUGAUCCAUUCCAGGACGCUUUCGGUGAACGCAUGGGCGGCAUGCUCUUCAUCCCGGCCCUGUGCGGAGAAGUCUUCUGGUCCGCCGCUACAUUAGCAGCUUUAGGAGCCACCAUCAGCGUCAUCGUCGACAUCGAUGUUAACAUCAGCGUCGUCCUAUCGGCCCUCAUCGCCAUCUUUUACACCUUGUUCGGCGGCCUCUAUUCCGUCGCUUACACAGAUGUCAUCCAACUCUUUUUCAUCUUCUUCGGACUGUGGGUCAGCAUCCCGUUCGCUAUGACCAAUCCGGCCGUCAGUUCCAUUUCGCCGUCGCAGGUCGAUUGGGUCGGUACACUGGAACCGAAAUAUUAUGGCCAGUAUUUCGAUUACGGUAUGCUGCUCAUUUUCGGCGGCAUUCCGUGGCAGGCUUAUUUUCAACGUGUUUUGUCGAGCAAAUCGGCCAGCCGGGCGCAGAUCCUGUCCUACGUGGCCGCCAUUGGUUGCGUCGUUAUGGCCCUGCCGUCCGUCCUAAUCGGCGCUGUGGCCAAAGCCACUGACUGGAAUCAAACGGAUUUCCGCGGUAAGGGAAACAUUCCGCUGGAUGACGAACAGGCUCGUAUGGUCCUGCCUAUGGUCCUCCAGUAUCUCACACCUGCCUACGUUUCUUUCUGCGGAUUGGGCGCCGUUUCCGCUGCCACCAUGUCAUCGGCCGACUCGUCCGUUCUCGGUGCUUCGUCCAUGUUCGCCCGCAACGUUUAUCGGCUCAUCUUUCGCCCACGGGCAUCCGAACACGAGAUCAUGUGGGUCAUGAGAAUCUCCAUUUUCGUGACGGGUGCCAUGGCAACCACAAUGGCUCUUACUGUCCACACGAUCUACGGCCUUUGGUACCUAUGCUCCGACUUGGUCUACGUCAUCCUGUUCCCGCAGCUGCUUAUCGUCGUCCACUUCAAGCACUAUUGCAACACGUACGGCAGCGUGGCAUCUUAUGUCAUCGGGUUCAUCGCCAGAGUCUCGGGUGGUGAGCCGCUAAUGAACUUGCAGCCAUUCAUCUACUACCCGGGAUGGAACGGGACGGAACAGCUGUUCCCAUUCCGCACGCUGGCCAUGGUCCUCUCCCUGAUCUCGGUAAUUGCCUUCUCGAUGCUGACGCGCUACCUGUUCGAGUCCGGCAAACUGCCGCCCAGCUGGGACAUCCUACGGUGCGUCGUCAACAUACCGGAGGACGUCGUGAGAGUGUCGGGCUCUGGCGACGAGUUAGAGUCGCACGAUGCCAUGGGCGAAAUGGCCGUCAUGACGGGCUUGGCCGACGUCCGCAAGUAUUCAGCCACUGAUGAAAUGAACGGACGUGUCAAUCCGGCUCUCAACCUGGGCAGUGAUUCGGACGAGGAGGCCAGCCAACAAUUGGCUUCGUCCGUCGCCCAGCGAGCUAAAUUGCAACAGCAAUUGUCCAUCGGUGCUAACAGCAUCGAUUCGCCUUCGCACCGGCCAAUGAUCAACCGCAAGCCUAACAUUAGCUCGGCAAUAGGAUCCGGUUCGGCGGCCGCGGCUGUAGUGGCUAAUAACACGGGAGAUAAGCAAACCACUCUCUGAGCCAACGUUUGGAGGGAGGGGGUAAUCAAUUAGGAACACAAGUAGCGAAGUGAAACGGGGAAAAAAGAAUAAAGGAGUUUCCCUUUCACUCAUUUCACGGACUCCCGAUCAUCGUUUGUUAUUUGUUUGCUAUUUUAAAUAAGAUAUACUGUGUUAGUCAUUUUUUAGCCAAAUGAAGCACGAUACGUUUCGUAAUAAUAGUACUAUACUCUUCGAUGGCUGUGGUUUCUGUUUAACGGCUGUAAAAGAGCCCAAAAACGAGGUAAAAGUUGAUGUCCCUUUUUUUUUUAUAUUUACGAUACAGACACACACACACAUAACAACAUGGCUGUUGAUAUUUAUUAUCUAAUAUAAAUAUAAAAAUAAAUAAAUAUAUAUAUAAAUAUAUAUUAUAAGUGGGAUGGUAUUUUCAAUUUUUCAACUCAAUCUUGUCAUUUCAACGUCCACAAAAAAAAAACCAUUUCUUGUUGUUAAUGUAUUUAUUGUUGCCUCUUUCAAUAUUAUCUAGUCGGUCGGUGUUUAGGGCACUUGUCGGCUUGGUGAAAAAACAGCCCCCAGAAUUGUUUUAUAAUGCAUCAAUUCAACGUCGGGACAUGAUGUGAUUCUCCCUUUUUGAAAUUUAUUUCAUUUUCAAAAAUGAAAUAAAUUUUUCGUUUAGUGUUAUCGAUGUUACCACCUCAUUGCUAUCCUCGUCUACGUGUUCACCCCACCUUGGACUAUAUAACUCAGCAUUACAUGUUACACAAGUUCAAGAA